GUCAAAUAGCGGUUGAUUUGAUUCGCGUUUCAUUUGUAAUUGGCUUUUACGUUAUCUAAAAUCGUAUAUUGAGCCUGAUAAAUCAUUGCUGCUCGAGGUAUCAGUCAGAAAUGUCUUUGGCUAACUUAUUGCUAUGCCGCGUCGUUUCUGGGGCAUAAGGCGGUUGCUAAGGAUGCCGUUGGCGGAGGCGGGGGAUCAAUAUUCAAUAUGGGUUGGCCUAAUAUACGUGUUCAACCUGAUCGUGGGCACGGGCGCGCUGACGCUGCCGGCGGCGUUCGCGCGGGCCGGCUGGGGCCUCAGCACCAUCUCCCUCGUGUUCCUGGCGUUCAUGAGCUUCAUGAACGCCACCUACGUCAUCGAGACUAUGGCGUGCGCCAACGCUGUGUACAAGUGGAAGUUGCUGCAGUCUAUUAAGAGGGAUAGUGUACAGGAGCAUGAAGGCCACGAUUCAGACGAGCCAACAAACGAUAUGGAGGAGCCGCUCGUCUGUGCUUCCGUGCCUUCUCGAUACUACAGCCUAGACAGGCGCGUCGAGCUCGGCGAGAUGGCCAACUUGUUCCUGAGCCGCACCGGCAGAACCCUGUUCUACUGCACCCUCUGCGUAUACCUGUUCGGCGACCUGUCUAUAUACUCGGCGGCUGUGGCGAAAUCGGUCAUGGAUGUUGUUUGUUCAUCCGUCCCCGCAAACCUGACGAACACCUCCGACUGGGACGCGCUGCCGUGUUUCAACAGCACCAGCCCUGAACCAUACACGCGGCUGGCCUGCUACAGGACCGCUCUGCUCUCCUUCACCGCCGCCAUUGGCCCGUUCGUCUUCUUCAACAUGCAGAAGACCAAGUAUCUGCAGCUGUUCACCACUGGCAUGAGGUGGUUAGCAUUCACCAUAAUGAUAUCGUUCGCGAUCCACCUGCUGCUGCACUCGGGCGCGCAGGGCCACCCGCCGGCCUUCGACUUCAGCGGCAUGCCGACUCUCUUCGGCGCCUGCGUCUAUUCCUUCAUGUGCCACCACUCCCUACCCGGCCUGAUCUCCCCCAUCAGAGGCAAACAACGCCUCGGCUUACACAUAGCUCUAGACUACGCUCUUAUAAGCGCCUUCUAUCUACUCCUAGCCUUCACUGGAGCCUUCGCGUUCGCACAUUUAAACGAUCUAUACACCUUAAACUUCAUACCCACGGGCGAAGACAAUCUAUUCGUUAAAAUAAUUGAGUAUUUCUUAGCUUUAUUCCCCGUGUUCACAUUGUCUACCAGUUAUCCGAUAAUAGCUAUCACUUUGAGGAACAACUUGCAAAGUAUGUUUCUUGAUAUGACUCGUUUGGAGUCCUAUAAUUUUGUUUUACGUAAAUUAUUGUUUCCUAUAGUGGCAGUCGCGCCGCCGCUGGUAGUUACAUACUUCUUAGAAGAUAUAGGUGUCCUUAUUGAGUUUACAGGGUCUUAUGCAGGUACUGGUAUUCAGUAUUUAAUUCCUACAUUUUUAGUAUUGUCCGCGCGUCGGCAUUGCACUAAUCUAUUAGGUUUAGGGGUCGCGAAUCAGUACAAAAGCCCGUUUUCAAGCCAAGCUUGGGCAUUAUUUGUGUUGGCGUGGGCUGUCAUGUGUGUAAUAUUGGUAUCGGUAAACAUUGUCGAAAAGAAUUCAUGACCGUAUAGGCUUGUAGUAUAACUGCUACAGACAAAUGAACUGUAAUAGACUAACCCCUUUAUUCAUAAACGUCUGCUAAAGUUGACAAGCC